AUGCCAGAUACGGACUUUGAUUGGACGGACUUUACCCUCAUCCCUGGUCACAUCUCAUGCGGCCUUGUACCCUGGACGCGUGAGAGGAUGGUCAUGCCCGUCGAACAGUUCUCUUCGGUGGUGGAGUUCGCCAAUUCAUGCUAUCGAUAUCUGUACGUCGAUUCGAUGCCGGAUCUUCCACAUCGGCCACCAACCGUGGUGAACGAUCUGUUGAGAGAUAAAAUGAAGCGAAAAGGUCGUCAAAAAGCGGAAAACAACGACAAAGGCGGCCAAUCAAUGCUCGGUCUCCGACCUCCAACGGCCCUAGCCUUUACCGACUUCGGCUUGGGCAUCCUUUUCUGCGACCUUUCCACCAAGCUCCUCGUCGCAGCCCGGAGCUUGUUAUGGGGUGGCGGUUCGACGCCCAUCCUGACUCCCCCGCCGCCUCCAAGUCCUGAAGAAGCAUGUCGGAUCCGAUCCAAGGCCGCCUCGGACCUGCUGUCGCUCAUCCCUAAGAGCGUAGCAAGGAGGUUCUUUGGUGCGGCCAGUAGGGGGAAUACCACUCGAGUUCCUGCUGCUGGUGGCGAUGACAUUGAUAUUGAUGGCGGUGGUGCAACAGCAGCCGACUCGGACGAUGAAGUGCAACGGGAAGUCGAGGAAAGGAUUUUGGGGUGGACCGACGACGUCGAAAUGAACAAGUUCGUGGUCUAUGCUGUUCUAGAGCAUGUCGUGCUCAGACUGAUCCCAGAGAUGGUUGGCAAGACGCCCAGUGAGCUUUUGGCUGAGAGGGGGGUGUCACUGACUGAGACUUCGGACAUGGAUGGGGAUGUCAAUGGACAUGGAGAGAAGGAAAAGCGUCAGUCUGAUACGGUGAAAUAA